AUUGUAUAAGAAACCACAGAAAAGCAUCAUAUGAAUUGAGAACUCAUUUUGACGCAGGAAAGAUAAACAGAUUACAGCGCCUGUACUAGUGACCUCCCUUACAACAAAUAUCAGUGCUGUACUAAUGACAGCUAGUUCCUCUGUCUGGUAAUGAUCUCAAAGAGAAGGGGGAAGUACCAGAGUUCAGUGCUCUCCCUAAAGGAGAGAACAUAAGGCAGUGAAGUGAGAGACGGGCUGAAGAGGGGGAGGGUAAGGGGAAAAAAAAAUCAUCUUUUUAUGUCUUUUAAAAACCAAGGCAACCGAGCACUUGGGGAAUAUGCGCUCACAUGUGAAUUCAUGCAGCAAAGACAAAGGAGUCGUUUCACCAAUGUCCCUGGAGAACGGAAACACAAGUGACGGGCAAAGAGAGCUGGCAGAGUAAGGAAUGCAGAAACUGAUAAGCCACAGGUGCAGAUCACAUCCAAUUAAUUACAGUGUGCAGAGAAAUCAGAGACCUCAUUCAGCAGAAGUCGAGUCCAGUUCCACCAACACAUCUGAGUGAUUGCCUGGAGUUAAAGCCAUUCUACAUUUUUCAACUCAUCUAAACAUAGUCCAGGAAAGCAGUAUGGUAAUCACUGUCCAGAACAUUACAGCAGACACAGCUAUGAUCAUCUGGCCAUCAAUCUCUAGCUGUGCUGACAGCUUCUACAGCAUAAUGUACCAGUCCAACUGGAAUACAAUGCUAUCUGGGUACUCCAGGAAGAACUUCCAGAAGGAAGAGAGAAUUCCUGGCAGCCGGACAUUCUUCACUAUUGAAAACCUCACCCCUCUCACAACAUACAUUCUGUGUGUGACCUGUCAGUCUGCCAACCCCUCCAGUGACCAAUGCAAAAUCUUCCAUACUUUAGGUCAAGACCCAGCGUCCGUCAACAGCAAGAAAAAAGAUCUGGCUUUAGGCAUCUGGCUCACCAGCAGCAUCAUUCUUCUCAUUAUAGCCUGCAUCCUGCUCUAUGGCUGCCUACAUAUAUGGUGGCGGAAACGUCAAGAGCGUGCUAGGGCAGAAAAUGCAGAGCGGAAUGAUGGAGACAAGAGGGAGGCCUGGGCAAAAAAAGAAGAGCCAGUGGAGGAAUACGAGAAGGCAGGCUCACUAGCAAGUGCAGAGAGCAAGAGGGACAGCACUUGCAUAGAUGGAAACCCGUUAGGUGCCAUUAUCAAAGACCCGUUAACAACUGAUGAAACCAACAGCUUCAAUUGCAUUGACCAAGAGACAGCAGGCAUGCACCAAAUUGCAGUUAAUUAACAGCAACAAAUCUUCAACCUUUCACUCAGCAAGUAGCAUCACUUGUGCCCUUAUAAUAAUCACUUAGGAGCAUCCUGUAAAGUACACCCAAUCCAAGAAACACAGAGUGACGUAUCCACAUCCACUGGAUUAAUGAAAGGCUGUUAAUGGGAGAUGAAGGAAUAACUAAACCCAAUUAUGCUCUAGUAUUAAUGUGUUACCUCGCAUUAAGAAAUUAAUGUAUACAUUUUUUAAUGCAUUACAUUGGAGGCCAAGAGCUCACAAGGUUCAAUUACUGGGAGAUAAGAGUGUUACUUUAGUGUAAUUACCGUUAAAUACCACAUCAUUAAGGCCCAUCUAUAUUAAAUGGUGGUAACUCAGGUCUUCCCAUGGCUCAUCACAAUUUAUUUGCUCUUUAAUUAAACAAACACUUAAUACAAGAAGCAUGUAUGUGUCUAUAACAACAUAUAGGCAGUCGUGGAAAGAAGUGCUCAUUUACAUGUUUUACAUAAUGUUGGUAGUACUACACAUUUAUGUUGCUUAAUAAGUACAUGUAAAUCUCACUGGAAAAGCAAAGAAUAUUGACAAGAACUGCAAUAUCAUUAGUAUCACUAUAUGAAACAGAUCUGAACUAUUCUAUUCAGAAAACCAUUUUUAUUUCAUUUUUCAUUAAAAUUUAUUUAAUGGCUACAUGCUACAAUGAGAACAUUACAAUUUUGGUGGCAGAAUCAGUGUAUCUGAGACUGUAUUUGUCUACACAGUAAUUAUUUUGUAAGUGCUAUAAAGAAAUACUGUACUUCCCUCACCUCCACCAUUGUAACAUAAUAUGGAUUUAAAUUAACUAUAAAUACGUUACUGCAUUAUUUUGCUUUUGUGACAAUAUUAAAUCUAUAGUACCUUU